CGGCCGACGUUCGGCGCCAUGGCGUCAUCCAUAGGCGCUGUGGUCGUCCCCGUCGCGAUCGCGAUGGCGCUCUGCGUGUGGUUGGUGACGCUGUUGCGCGGUGACGCCACCGAAGACGCGGAGGCGACGAGCGGUGGGGUGAUCUCGGCGGUGUACACCGAAAAGAGCGGUGAUAGCGAGUACGUCAAAUUUACGGGUAGUGUGGAGAACGCGGCGGUGUUCGUGGGGUUCAUUACCGCCAUGACGUUUGCCCUUUUUCUGCUCUUCAAGUAUCGAAUGGGCAAGGUGAUUUGGGCGUACAUGGGCUUCAGCGGAUUGUUGAUAUUCGGCGUGCUCGGGGGAAAUAUUCUCAUGCGAGUGCUGCAAAAGUUAGAUAUAGCGAUAGAUAUGGUGACGGUGGGGCUGCUGAUGUGGAAUUUCUCAAUCGGCGGCGUGCUGAUGACAUUUUUCUGGCACGGACCUCUGGUGGUGAAGCAAGGAUAUUUAAUUUGUGUGUCCACGAUCGUGUCGUUUUACUUCACGCAGAUUCCCGAGUGGACGACGUGGUCGCUUUUGAUCGCGAUGGCGCUGUACGAUCUGUACGCCGUGCUCACGCCGAACGGGCCGCUCAGGUUGAUGGUGGAGUUGGCGCAAGAGCGCGACGAAGACAUUCCCGCGCUCGUGUACGAAUCAAGGGGCGGAAGUUUCGGCGACGCGCGCGCUCGCGCGCGGCAAAAUUCUGGUGUAUCGGGCGAGGCAGUCGGGGCCGAUGGGUCGCCGUACGAUCCGUCGUUGGAAGCCGACGACGAAGACGGUGAGUUCGGACUUCCCGAUUCCAUCAAACUCGGUCUCGGAGAUUUCAUCUUCUACAGCGUCCUCGUCGGUCGAGCGGCGAUGUGGUCUCCGAUCACGUGCGCGUUUUGUUUCAUCGCCGUGCUGCUUGGUUUAGUGCUCACGCUCGUCGCCCUCGGCAUGUACGGCAAGGCGCUUCCCGCGCUCCCCGUGUCCAUCGCCCUGGGCUCGGCGACGUACUUUCUCUCUCGAUUUUUCCUCGAGCCCGCGAUCGUGCAGUCCUACGCCAGGCACUUCCUGUGCGAAUAGCGCGCGACUCGAAUAUUUCCCGACGACUCGCGUCGU